AUGGCAUUUCACUUGCCUUUGAUAAAGCAAGCUAAGAAGCAUAUCCUCUGCCGCACAUUUUCAAAAGGCAAGACAGUGUUGCCAGCUAAUAGUAAUAUACCAAAAGGGUAUUUAGCAGUAUAUGUUGGAGAAGAGAAAAAGAAGAGAUUUGUGGUUCCAAUAUCAUAUUUGCAUCAACCUGCUUUUCAACAAUUUCUUUGUAAAGCUGAAGAAGAAUUCGGAUUUAAUCAUCCAAUGGGUGGUCUCACAAUUCCUUGUAGAGAAGACAUCUUUGUUAAUGUCACUUCUCAAUUGGAAAGUUAA